AUGAAGCCUUGGGCUGAACAUGACGACUCACCAACAGUAUUUACCGAUGAGUCACCGCCAGAAUCAAAGACAGACAUUAAAAAAACAAAAAAGCCAUUAGUUUUACCAUCGGAGUUGAUAGCAAAAAUAAAAAAUAAAACGAGUCAUUAUAAAAAAGAACAGUUUACAGAAGAAGCUUUAAAGAAAAAUGGGCUGAUUCCAGUGACAGCAAUAUUAUUAGGUUGGAAACGUAGAGAAAGUUUACAAUUAGUAGUCAGUUACCUUUCAAAAUAUCCAUUUGUUAAAGAAAUAUUGAUUUGGAAUAAUAAUGAUGAAAUCAGGCUUAAUGUAAAGGAUUUUAAACUUAUUAAUAGUGAUGGAAUGGUUUUAAAUGUAUUUAAUUCAGAUGAAAACCUUCAUGAUUUAUCAAAGCAUACAACAUGCUCUAUGGCUAAAUAUGAUUAUUGUUACUAUCAAGAUGAUGAUUGGUUAAACAUGUAUAUGGAUAGCAUGUAUACUAAUUUCUUAAAUAAUCCAAGUUUAAUCCAUUCAAACACAAUGCCAAUAAUUCACUUAGAACACAGAAGAUGGAUGUUUGCUAAUGCUGAUAAAAAUCUUCAUACUGGAUUUACUUGGUUUGGCUGUGGCUCUUUUGUUCCACGUGCAAAAGUACAAAGGUUUUUAGGGCAACUUGGAUCUAUUUCUUUGGCAAAAGAACGUUUAAAACUUUCAGACAUGUACUUUUCAAUAUGGACAAACCAAUAUCCUUAUCAAUUAUCUAAUCCUUUGACACCAUUAGAUCAGCAAGAAGGUUGGACUGUCAACACUGGAUCUGAAUUGUUUGUGCGUGAAGAAGAAAAACCAUAUUUCAGUGAACGAAAUGCUAGAGCACCAUGUUUAAAUGAUAAAUGCCUUUUCAUAACAAACAUUGAUCCAUUUCCACAUCCAUCACGUAUUUAUUAUGCAAAUAAUGUCACCCAUAUACAUGAACAUGAACACAAGUUUAAUGAAUUAGAUUUUCCUAGUAAUACUUUUUGGGAUCAGCAUGCUUAUCAUAAUGCGGUGGACCUUGAUGAGAAAACUUGCUGGAAUUCAUUUAGAAUUCCACAUGUUGGUGAUUAUUUUGGUUUACACUUUAUUGAACCAAAGUCUUACAAAAAGAUAAAAAUAAUUUCCUCAAAAGAUAUAAGUAACUUUGAUGCAUCAUUUAAUAUUAAAACUUCUUCAAAUGAUACUUUAGAUAAACUUGAAACGAAUGGAGAUUCUAAUGUAUUAUACAAUUCAAUAACAAUAGAAUUUGAUUGUAUAAAUAAUGAACCAAUAAGCUUUAUAAAAGUCGAGGCUUCAAGAAAUUUCACUGAACCUUUUGAUAUUUGUUCGAUGGUUUUAGAUGAUAAUUUUAUUAUAUAA